AGUUAAAUAAUCGGCAAUUGAAGGGCUUCAUAGAAAAAGAAACCAGCUACUUUCUCUCAAACAGCAUCUGGCGAGAUACACAAACUCUAGUGUGACACGUGUCCCAGAAUCUCUGGUGUUGGCGUGGGCGAGCUUCGAGCUCCACCUCCUCUUCCUCUCCUCCUUUCCAUUACAUCCGUGAAACCCUAACCCUAAUUCGAACCCUUCUCUGGGUCUCAGAAUGAGCAAUCUGCGGGCUUUAUGCAGGCCAAGUUCUGUGAUCUCGUCUUUCAUCGGUUGCCGCCGCUCCCAGGCCCGUUCAAGCCUUGCUUUCGCCGGUCGGUCUGUUGUCCGGCCGCGAAGGUCACCGUACGCCACUGCACACCCUUUCUUUGUUGAUGAUCUCCCGAGGACUGCGCCGGCGUCCAGGGGAGGUCCCCGGAGGACUCUCACCAGGGUUGCCAAGUGGGAUUCGGAGAGGUCUCCCUAUGAAACCCUUGAGCUAGAAAGAGAUGCAGAUGAGGAGAAAAUAAAGGCUGCUUAUAGGAGAUUGGCUAAGUUCUAUCAUCCAGAUGUAUAUGAUGGUAGAGGAACCCUUGAGGAAGGGGAGACAGCUGAAGUUCGAUUUAUUAAAAUUCAAGCUGCUUAUGAGCUUCUUUUGGAUGAGGAGAAGAGGCGACAAUAUGAUAAAGAUCACCGUGUCAAUCCAUUGAAGGCAUCUCAGGCAUGGAUGGAAUGGCUGAUGAAGAAACGAAAAGCUUUUGAUCAACGGGGUGACAUGGCUAUUGCAGCUUGGGCAGAGCAACAGCAGCGUGAGAUGAAUCUACGUGUACGACGCCUGUCUCGUUCAAAGAUGGAUCCUGAUGAAGAGAGGAGGAUAUUGGCCAAGGAGAGGAAGGCUUCCUUGGAAAACUUCAACACGACCCUCAAAAGGCACACACUCAUUCUCAAGAAAAGAGAUAUCAUGAGGAGAAAGGCCGAGGAAGACAAGAAGAAGGUCAUUAGUCAGCUUCUCGCAGCAGAAGGCCUUGAGCUUGAUACUGAUGACGAUGAAUCAGUCUGAUGUAUUGUGUCUAGAUUCUAGAAGGUGUUUUCUUGCGCAUUGGUGCAUAUUCAUUGACAGGGAUCAAGUUCAGCUUGUCAGCUUGUCUAGGAAAUAUUCAUCUGUAAUCUUUGUAUAUAAUUGUAAGCAAACAGGAAAGGAAAGGAAGCAAUAGAGUAAAGUUGAUAUUUUCUUCACUA